AUGAGAGGCUAUUGCAAAGAGGGGUCAGCUGCAAACUUCAUCCCCUCUCGCUGUCAUCUCGUACCCCCUGACCUCCACCUGAAUCGGCGUCGUCCCAAGGCGAAGGACUGCUUGAACUGCUGGAGCACAGCUCGCUUUAGGCCUAUCGAGGCCUUCUUGAUGUUCUGCGGUAGGCAAGAAUUAAAAGGCUGCAGAGAUUUACAUGUUACGCAGGCUGACCCUCUGUGCCCCUGCCAGUUGCUGAUCUGGAAAGUGGAAGACUUGACGUCUUCCGACCUUUUCCACGCCAACCAUGUCUUCAUCGAGGCCUUCAUGGGCUACAACGAAACGAUGCGCACACGGGUGCACAACAAUGCCGGGAGCGACUGCAUUCUGAAGGAGUCCAUGCAGCUCAACUUUGAUGAGGACGACGACGAAGAGAAACUUUUCCUCUUCGUUCAGAAUCAGAAGGUCAUGGGUGCCCAAGAGCUAGCGCGGGUGGAGAUUUCCUCUCAAGCCGUCAAGGACCUGUUGAAGGACAGCGAAAAGGUCAGGGGUCCUCAGCAAGUUCUUCAGUGGGAUGCCAACUGCUUUCCCAAGAGCUUCCCGCUCAUUCCGCGAGGGCAGAUCUGGAUAACCGCGGUGCCAGUGGAAGAUGAGUACCAUGGGUACGCC